AUGGCUGCCAAUAAAUUAUUACUUUCAGGGGUUCUAUGGUAUAUGGUGCAACUCUCUCUUCAAGCUGGAACUCCAAAUCUCAGUAUAUGUGAUCCACAGGAUUUCGCAAACAGAGCUAAAAAACAACAAGCAAUAUCUCAACCAGUGUUACCCGAAGCGUUCUCAGUUCGUAUAGAAUGUAAUAUAGUAAGCAGUAAACAGACAAUAGAUAUGAAACAAUAUUAUGACGGACCUAAUGAUCGAGGUACAAUUGUUAUGUAUGAAAAUGGUACUGUGAUACAUCUAAUCUUUGAUUACGCAAACGACGAAAUGCUCAGCAUUGUUGAUGAUUUGGAAGGACAACCUGACUGUACUGCUUUGCCUCUCUCCAGCAGUCCAUUUCAAUUUCUUUUUGGUUUGAAGAAAUUUCAAAAUGGAAGUGAACGAAUUUCAUCACCACAAUCUGCUUUUAAAUUUGGAGGAGAUAUACCGGAAGUGUUCAUGGGAAGGGAAGUAAUUCGGGGAAUUAAUUGUGAUGUGUGGGAAAGCUGUAUAUAUUGGGAUAUCGACAACGCAACCAUCCAUACUCAGUAUUAUUUCAGCACUUCAGAAUGGAUAGACUCUGUGGCAAAACAAGAUCCAGUCAGAGCUCACGUGGUCGGAAGUAGUACUAAUUCAACAACCACCAGAAAAUUCGAACAUUAUUACGACUUUACGGAUUAUUUUGAGAAGAUUUUGGGAGAUCCUACAGAUAUUUUUGAGACUCCACAUAUGGCUUAUUGUCCUGGUAGAAACUCCAAAAAGUCUUUACCGUCUAUACCCGAUGCAUUCAGUUUUUCAUCUGAGAUACAGGACCCUAAUGCUUUUACACUGAAUUAUAUCAAGGAAUAUUAUGAUUUUAACAUGCAUCUGUUCCGCUAUGAUUUCUAUCCAGACGCCAACGGACCAUAUGGUACCAACAAGUUAACUCGUAUACAUGAUUUCAAUACAGGCGUGGCUUAUAUAAUUGAUAGUCUUUUGGGUAACUGUACUACAACGACAAUAGAUGCCUCGGGACUGGAUGCCGAGGCCACGAUAGGUGGAGGUGUUAGAAUUCGAACCAAAGAAGAGUUUUUCGAUUUAGAUGGUGUUGAUCUUCAAUAUGUUGGACUUAAAAAGGUUCGUGAUAUGGAUUGUGAUGUGUAUACAGCUCAGAGAACUGACUGGCCUCCUGGUGCUACCAUUGCUUCAUCUUGGGAAUGGUCUUUUGUAUCGUCUGAUUGGAUGGAGAGUGUUGGUACACAGUAUGAGUUUGGCCUGCCAGCUCAAUUUAGAAUUAUGGCUUAUGAUCAAAAUUUUGAUAAUUUAUAUAAUAUUUAUGAAUAUAAAGAAGACAGACCUAUGAUUUGGUCGUUUGAUAUUUCACCUUGUUAUAGUGUUGAUAAACGAAAAGACAUACAAUUCGCUCUGCCAGGAAAAUUCCGUAACAUAGUCGAACCUAAUGAAAGUUUAUUUAAAGAAUUUAUUUUAUUGAGUGUUAUUGGUUAUGUUGCCAUUUCACCAAUACGAGUUGCCAAUAUCGAGUACUCAUAUACUAACGAUGAUGUAUUAGUCCAGUUUACUCUACUAGAUGUCGCUCCGAUGGGUGACGUCACACAUGUAAAGGAAGUGACGUUAGAUGAGGCAGAUCAGUUGUUAGAAGCUUUGAUUAAUAAAGGGGACUUGAUAAUCAAUAUGGAUAAUGACACAUUCAAGGAUUUGGAAACAUUGCGAGCUAAACCAUAUUCAUUAACCUCAAGUGGCGUUUAUAUACUUGGGGCAAAUCCACAGAAACCAACUUCCAGUGGUUAUAGUUCUGGAUCAAUGGCUGGAUUAGGAAUUGGCAUGCUUAUUGUUGCUUUCUUAGUUGGAGCUGGUAUCAUGUUUCUAGUCAAGAAAUUUAAAGCUGGAACUAUUCAACUACCAUCUGGAUUUUCGCCAAAGCGCUUUGAUGAUACAGAGAUGAAAACCGAGGAGGGUGAUAAAUAAUGCCUAACACAUUCUUGUAUAACCUAAAACUGGUGUCGUUCUUUUCAUUUCAUUUGGGACCCGUGUGAUUUGUACAGUGUAAGGAUGAAUUAUAUGUCUAUUUCAAUUUGUAAAAUAGCUUAUUCACAAAAUAAAUGAAACUAUUGAAUUCAUUAACAAACAAGCAAAAAUUGUUUGACUUCGCAGCGGUUGUUAUUUUUAGUUUUUGUAUAAUAAAUUAACCAAUAUGUG